CCAUGUCUCAGUAUCCGACACAGCCCAGUUACUUUCGUGAUGUCGCAAACCUCAAAGCUACCAGUCUAUCUGCUGCUGCUAGCUAUUUCGGUGGGGUGUAGUCUAUCCUACGAUGUGCCCAAGGCCACCGUGAAGGUCAUUUUUCCGAUUGGCUUCGAAGUAUCCAUUCCCGACGAGCCAGGCAUUUCUUUGUUCGCUUUUCAUGGCAAGGUCAACGAGGAUAUAUAUGAUCUGAGCGAUCAAACGUGGGCGGCUGAUAUAAUAAAAUCUCGCAAUGGACGUUGGACAUAUCGCAACGGAAACCAGAAACUUCGACCAGGGGACGUUCUAUACUAUUGGACAACGGCAAGAUAUCAUGGAAUAGACUAUCACAACUACAACCAGGAGUAUGUAGUGAGCCGAAAGGAUUUCCAGAGACUCGAUGAAAACGACACCAACGGUGAUGACCAGCCGACUCUCGAGAACAGCCAUAGUAAUAUAUUGGUCCAACUUAUUAAGCAUAUUCAAAUUCAAAAGUCUUCUAUAGUCAAUAUUAGAUCUUGAAUUCAAAAAUCAAUUAAAAAAUUUUUAAUCUUUGCAGAAAAUAAAUCUUUAUAUCGUG